GACUGUCUCACUGUCAUUUCUUCUGAAUGAGCAUUUGUUCAUCUGUCUGUCUCUCUUUAAUCUGUCUCAAGAUCACAUAUAGUUACUCAAGUUGGAGAACAAUACACAAACUUUAAACAACUGGAAGACAUCUGGAUCGGUGCGAACCACCUCGCAUACAAAGGUCUUCUGCUGCCGCUGGCCGCCUGAGGAUCAGAGGAAAGGAAGCUCCUUGCUCAAGGGCACCUCAACAGAAGCUGCUGAGGAAGAGGAGAGCAGCCACUUUGCUUUGUCGAGAUUUUCUCAGGCCAACCGCAAUCCUAAAUCAGGUGAAUUUUGUUCCUGCAGACUGACCUGUUGAGAGACGAAUAAAUAAAUAAAAAAGUCUGUGCUGAGCUGCCAUGGCAGACUGGAGCCUGCUGGGAAACUUCCUGGAGGAAGUACAGGAGCACUCUACCUCUGUUGGCAAGGUGUGGCUGACCAUCCUGUUCAUCUUCCGGAUCCUGGUGCUCGGGACGGCCGCUGAGUCGUCGUGGGGAGACGAGCAGGAAGAUUUUAACUGUGACACGGAACAGCCGGGUUGCGAGAACGUUUGUUACGACCGAGCUUUCCCCAUAGCUCACAUACGAUACUGGGUGCUCCAGAUUGUGUUCGUGUCCACGCCAAGUCUGAUCUACAUGGGCCACGCCAUGCACACCGUCCGCAGGGAGGAGAAGAGGAGGAGCAGAGAGGAGGAGGAGGGAGAGGGAGGAGAGAGGGAGGAGGACCAAGGAGGGGGUGAAGGAGAGGGAGGAGUAGAGAAACACGGGAGGAAAGAAGAGAAGGACAGAGACAAGGAGGAAAAAGGUCAAUCGGCAGGUCGAGUCCGUCUGAGGGGGGCGCUGCUGCAGACGUACAUCCUGAGUAUCCUGCUACGAAGCAUCAUGGAGGUGGUGUUUCUGGCUCUCCAGUACUUCAUGUAUGGAGUCUUCCUCCAUCCUCUGUAUGUCUGCAAGGCCUGGCCGUGUCCGCAUCCAGUGAACUGUUACGUCUCCAGGCCAACAGAGAAAAACGUCUUCAUAGUGUUCAUGAUGGCUGUGUCGGCCGUCUCUCUGGUCCUCAGUGUGCUCGAACUGCAUCACCUGGCUUGGAGACACUGCUGCAGGCGCUACUUCUUCAGAAAGAAGGCCAUCGCUGCAGCUAAAGUCUCGCUGGCCCGUCAGCUCUCUCUCUCUCCCCCGCCGCCGUCGACCCCGCCCCCAGACUUCAACCAGUGUGUGAUAGGCUCCUCACACUUCCUGCCCCUCCCGUUCCCCAACCAACGCCUCGCUAACCAACAAAACUCUGAGAACAUGGCCACGGAGCAGCACAAAAUGGCCACCGCCGCCGAGGAGGUGAACUUCCUCCAGACGAGCUGCUACUCGCCCUCGUGGCAGAAGACGGGUAGCAGUCAGAUCCAAGAUGGCAGAUGCCUGAGGACGGACACCAGCUCCUACACGCCGGGCAGCAGGGAGGUGAACGGCGGUCCAGACGGGAUGCUGAUUUGUCCGAACGGAGGCCUCUGUCACAAGGACAAACGCAGAUUCAGCAGAACGAGCGGAUCGAGCAGCCGAACGAGAGCAGACGACCUUUCUGUUUAGAGAGAAAGCAGAACAUUUAACUACUCACACACCUGCUGAAUGAACUGACACACAUUUGAUGCAUCAACAUCUGCACAAAACACACAUUUAGAACAUCUGGAGCAAUCUUCACAUUCACAUUUUAAUCAGCAACACUAACUCUCUGUUUUUCUGUUUUGUCUUUGUCAACAAAAUGAAUACAGUUUGUAUGAUAUCUUUGAAAAAAAGUAACGUUUUCCUACAAAAGUCCAA